AUGCCUCCAAAGCGUCGUUCGCAGCCUGUAGACAUUUUAGACAAAGCCGUUUUAGAUUCCAGUGGAGCUGUUGUUGUUCCUCCACAAAAAUCGACUCCUCCGGCCUCUCCAAUUAAAAAACCUCAACCGAAAAAAAAUCCGGACGACAAGCCUGUUUGUUGUUUUGGUAAAAAUUGCAAACUGACAAAUCCUCUUCAUCGAAAACGGUAUUUCCAUGACGGUGAGGGGGAGGUCGAGUUUAACACUUUAAAAGACUCGAUAGCAAAUUUGAAGGAUGUCAUGGCGAAGGACAGUGACACGCAAGAAGAGAAGAUAACAAAGGUUGAUGCGUACAAAACGCUCUUAGUGAGUGCUCUAGAGACCAAUAAAAUCGGACCCGAGGAGAAGCGACUUGUUCGAAAGUAUCAAAAACAGAUGGGUGUGAGUGUAGACCAACACGCUGGCCUAUUAGCUCAGAUAGGGUGGACAGAGGACGACUAUUUUGAUGGUAUUCGGACCGUCAAAGACUACGACGUGAUGAAAGAAGUUGAGAUGUUAUCGAACAAUGAAAUUGGUGUUAUUUGGAUCCAAAAUGGGUCCACUGAGUUUGGUCAAGAGGGCGACUCUGUCUUUGCUAAAGUCCACACAAAGUUCUUCCAGACGAUGUCGUGCGCGCAAGGAAAUUACGUAGUUGACAAGAUUGGCAUUGUAGUGAACAAAGCACUUAAAAUGCAGUUCAAUGCGACAAAGACUGAAUUUAAUGCAAAAGGGUUUGGAGAAGAAGAGUGGGCGUUCCAUGGGAGUAGUCAAGACGCCAUUCAAAGUAUCUCAAAAAGCGGAUUUUUGAUGCCAAAAAACAACAACAAAACAGCACAGCUUGACUCAGGGUUCUUUGGGAGUGGAAUUUACUUGACUUUUUAUAGCGACUACGCACUGUUUUAUUCAGAACAAAGAAAAUCAAAUCAGAUGUUAUUGUGUCAAGUACUUCCCGGAAAAUCAUUCAAAUGUAAAAAGAGGAUGGACGGGAAAAAACUCGAGAAGGGUUAUGACUCCCAUUUUUCACCGAAAGGUAACGAAAUUGUUAUGUUUAAUCCCAAAGCGAUUUUACCUAAAUAUAUCAUCCAAUUUAGAGUGAAUGACGCUAAAAUUAGACAACAAGAGGGAUAA